AUGGAAGCUGAGAAGAAUGACCCAUUAAGCAGAGGAAUAAAUCAAGAAAGGAAAUUAUUUAUAAGAAAAGAAAUAUUCGACCAUGCUAUUAUAUACACAACAAAUAAGAUGGAUGAAUGUUCUUUAUUAACUUAUUUAAAAAAUUUCUAUGAAUAUUUUAAAAAUACAAAAUCGAAUUUUAACAAUGAUAAAAAUAUGAAUGAUAAUGAUGAAAUUUAUGUUACUAUUGACACUUGGUUAAGUUAUAAUGAAAUUAUAAAAAAUCAAGAUAAUAUUUUGUGGGCAAAUUUUAAUCACAAUAUUUGUAAGUCCUUAUGGAUAUUAUUAAGUGUAACGUUACAAACUGUGAAAAAAAAGAAUAAUGUUAAUAAACAAAAGACUAUAUUUAACGCCACUUUUAAAAAAUUGUACUCACAAGAAUUUGAUAAGAAAUGUGAACAGCAGGUAUAUCAUAAUAAAAACCAGAAAUUUGAGGAACAACAAUCUGGACAAAUUCUGUACACCCAUGAUGGACGAGGUGAAAAUAAUCUUGAUGCAAUGCACGGGAACGUUGAAGUUUACAAAACAGAAACAAAUAUGAACUAUGAAAAAUGUACCGUAAUGGAAAAAGAAAAGAAUCUUUUGAAUGAUCAAGAAGAAACAAAAAAGGUACAUGGAAAUAGCAAUGAAAAGGACAGAGAGAUGAAAGACAAAGACAAAUUUCAUGUGUGGAGGGAAAAAUGGCUAAAUGAAGAGGUGCGUAUUGAAUUAGUUAUGUUUUUUAUAAUUCUACAAUUUCUAAAAAUUGAUAAUGUGAAAAAGAAAUAUGACAAAACUUUGAGUGAAGACAGUUGGCCAAGUUUUAGCUGUUCCUCGCGAUCCCUCGUCAGUCCAAGUGGGAUAGGAAGCAACAUUGUGGGAAACACAAAUCCAAGUGGUAGCCCAAGCAACUGUGUGUGCAAAUCAAACUUCUCCGAUUUUUUCCAUUUUUGUGGAAGUAAUUAUAAUCAUUUUUUAAAGACAUAUCUGGUAGCAUUUUUAUCUGCAGCAGAUAUCCUGAACAGUAGUAAACUGACAGACAUUCCGUUGUAUUUUAAAAAUCAAAACUUUUUCCUUUUAGAUUUUAUUAUUGAUACAGGGGAUCAUACAAAUGUGUAUGAGAGGUACUUACAAAAAAAUGAACCAAAAAUUUUAUAUAAAACGAAAGAUAUAUUAACAUGGUUACUAAGCAAUUUAUAUGCAACAGAACAACGAGACAAUGUAGUAUUGUUUAAGAAUUCUUCAAAUUGUAAUAGUGAAACUGGCCAACCGUGUAGUGUUUUAUAUAGUACUAACGAUUCAUUUGGAGAAUCUGUAAGCAAUUCAAGUAAUUCAUCAUGCUCCCGUAACAUAUUAUGCUCACGGAACUCAUCGACUGAUCAAGAUCUCAGAAAGGGAUCACAUUACAGUAUUGAAAAUGUAAAGAACGAUAUAAUUGAAAUAAAAAAUCAGCAAGGGCAAACUAUAUAUAUUACAAAUGACAAGAACAUCGUUAACAUAAUAAAUUGUAAAGAAUGUAACAUUUUUAUUUUAUCCAAAAUGGAAUAUCUGAAAAUACAUGCAUGUGUUAAUUGUUAUAUUAUUUCUUUAUGUGUAGAAAUGAUUUCAACCAUAUUUAACUCAAACAAUUUAGAUAUCCAUUUAGUUACGAGAAGUUUGAAGAUAGAAAAUGUCAUAGAUACAAAUGUGUAUGUAUAUACAGAAACGAAUAUAAUUAUAUUUGGAGACACACGAAAUAUUCAGCUAGCUCCUUAUAACAUCUUAAAUUCGAAACAAAAAGCAUGUCUACAGAAAUGUCAAAUCACUUUUGAUAAAAAUAAAUGUGAUCUUUUUGCUUUCCCACUAAAAUGCAAAACAAAUUUAUUUCACUCCACUAAUAUGUCACUUUCGUUAAAGACACCCAGCAGUUCUAUCACAAGGCAGGGCGAUAAGCAUGGAAAGAACUCCAGCAGUACAACCUCUGCAAUUAUAAUUGCAGAAAAAGGGAAUCUUGAGAGUGCAACUUCUGAAAGGAAUGUCGAAGGUACAGCGGAUAGAGGGAUUGGCGAAAGUAGUCUCAGUCCCAGGGACGAAAAGAACGAAAGCCCUUGUAGCAAAACUUUUGACAUUUCCAACCUCUCGAGUUCAUUUACAGAUUACGUGUAUUAUUUACUGAAUCCCUCAAAAUUUUUCUUGAUUGAGUUUCCUAACCCAAAUUGUUCUUCAAAAGGUGUAGAGAUGAACACAGUUGGAAAUGAGUACGAACAGAAAUGUAUCAAUAUGAGUGACGAACAAAAUGUGCAUUCAAAGAAUAUGCACUCAAAGAAUAUGAAUUCAAAAAAUGUGCAUUCUCAAAAUGUGCACUCACAAAACAUGGAUGAAUAUCCAUUCCCGUUAAGUGGUGAUACAAAAAGUGAAGAAAAUGAGAAGUAUGCCUGUUUGUACCUACCAGAGGUUUAUAAAAAUGCUGUAGAAAAUCAAGAUGAUCUUAUUCUUCAGUUUUUAAGCGUUAUGGAUAGCAUACAUUUAACGAAAUUGCAGAAGCAAAAGGCGAGAAAAAUACUAACAUAUAAAUUAUAUACUUAUUUAAAAAAGUCAAAAAAUACAUCUAGAGUAUUGAACGAUUUAAUGGUCCAGGAGCAGGAAAGACAGGAACUUUUUUUUUUAUAA